AUGGCACACUUCGUGGAGAGUGGCUGGAAAAGAUACAAACAGUUAAUCAGCGAUAAUCCCGAGACUUCAUUGUCACAAGAUAGAAUACAGAAGUUUCUCACAGUGCUUCAGUAUGCAGAAGUUUUCCUUGAGAUGUCAGCCGCCAAAUAUUGGAGCGAAACUGGGCGCUGGGUCCUUAUCGUUGCUGUACAUAUAACAAAGUCUAUAUUGCGACUGUUAUUGGUGUGGGUAAAUAAGGCUGGUAUCCAGCCUUCACCUCCCCUACCAGCACUGGACCGAGAGGCUCUCAUACAGACUCAGUACAAGACAAGCACUGCAAAGGAACUUAACGAAUUUGAGGAAAACCUGGAGACAGAGUCAGAGAGUAUUAAAGGAUCAACUUAUAACUUAAAGCGAUCUGGACGGCUGAUUAGAAAAUUAUCAGCAGCACCACCUAUGAAUUUCCGAUCGUGGAAGGUUCCUAAAGAGCAUGGAGUCCUACAGGAUGACAACCACAACAGCCGACUUGCAAUCUACUCUCCGACUUUGUUGUCAUCUCAGCGGAUGUGGGCAGAGACCCUUUAUAUAACACGACCCCUCGCACACUUACUGUCUAUGUACCUGUUUGGAGCCAACUCCUGGAAACCUUGGCUCCUAUCUGGAGGUAUAGACAUCUCAAGCCUGUGUAUGAUGGGUGAUACAGAAAACCUCAAUCCACAUGAGAAGUCUGAAGUGAAGAAACGCACAGUCAUGUUAUUAUACUACUUGUUCCGAUCACCGUUCUACGACCAGUACUCAAAAAUGAAGAUCCUCUUCGCCCUGAACAUGCUGGCAGAAAACAUUCCAGUGGUGGGAAUGAUCUUACGGCCACUGAUUCAAUACCUACCCACCUGGCAGAGGACUUAUUUCUACUUGUGGUCCACGUGAUGUAACAAUAUAGAAAGAAGUUAUCUCCCAUGAUUUUAUCCAGGUGUUUGGUUCAAGAUCAUAGAUUUUAUAUGUACAUGUACCAGGUACAUGGCUGAUGUUGAACAGCUGAAGACUUCCAAGUGAUAACUCAUAGACAAAACUAUGUUUUUCUCAUUCUCUCAAAUUAAGAUAGUCGAGGAUAUCCAUGCAAAAAAUACUGGUUGAUUAUAUGAUAUAUAUACAGAUUUUCUAAAAUUCCUCAAUCUGGACAACAUUGUUUUAAAAUUUACAUUUUAGGCAAUGGUGCUUUUCAGUUGGAUUACUCCAACAGAACAAAAGUUAAACCUAUUCACCCCUAAAGUCACAUUUGUACCUUACCAUAUCAAAGACUCGGCAAGUCCAGUUUAAAUAUGUAGGGGUGAAUGAGUUAACUUUCCAAAACGAAGAAGAUGGUGUUUGUAGAUAAUACUGAUAUAACAAAUGUGUGUAAACUUAAACCAACCUAGAAUUUAUGAUCUUGAAUCCAUAACCACAGAGUUGUUUAUUUACAGACUUUCACAUAUGCAUAAUUUGUUGAUCUCAAUCAUUGUAAUCCAAGAAUUAAUCAGAUGUUUCCAAAUCAUUGAUUUUAAUGUUAAUGGCCUUGACGAAGAAAUACAAAACAUCACUAGAAAGUUACAUUUGUGAGAAAAGGUGAAAAACUUACUGCAAAUGAAAUUGAAAUUGAACUUAUGAGAUUACUGUAUUUGACACAUCUGCAGUCUUGACUGAACAUUAUAACUGUGUAAUGAGGUUUUUCAUCCAGUCCAAUUUUUGCCUUUCACCAGUUAAAUCCAUAUUCACUCGGUGUUAAUUUCGCCCUUCACAAUCUAUAACUGUAUAUAUGCUGUGUGUGUAGUUAUAUUAUGUCAGGAUGAAUUCGCUUUCAUUAAGGAGUGUGAAAAAGUCGAAAGUUCUACUGUGGUGACUUGGUAUAAACCUUUAUUCUUUUAGUCCUGUUAUCCUUUGAUAACUGAACCAAGUUUAGUAUUUCACUUCUUGCUCUUGACCUGUUGCUAUAAAAGUUAAUUCCAUUUAUAAAAGUCUAAAUUUUUGUGUGUGGAAAUUUUAGCAUAUUGACUUCUAUAUUGUUGAAGCUGUGAAAAUUGCUGCAUGAUGUAUCGUUAUGAUACGGGGCUUAUUUCUGUGUAGACUCAGUAAUAGCACAUUAUGAUACGGGGCUUAUUUCUGUGUAGACUCAGUAAUAACACGUUAUGAUACUGGGCUUAUUUCUGUGUAGACUCAGUAAUAUCAUGUUAUGAUCGUGUGGGCUUAUUUCUGUGUAGACUCAGUAAUAGCACAUUAUGAUACGGGGCUUAUUUCUGUGUAGACUCAGUAAUAUCACAUUAUGAUACAUGGCUUAUUUCUGUGUAGACUCAGUAAUAGCACAUUAUGAUACAGGGCUUAUUUCUGUGUAGACUCAGUAAAAGCAAAUUAGUGAAAAUUAAUCUUUACAGUUGUCAUCUUGAAGUUUGAUUUUCAUAAUGCUAGCCAUGGUCCAACUUCUCCCAUGACUGGAAAAUCAUUUAAAGAAGAUUGGGAUAAAAAUCAAUAUGGUUGCUUUGACCAAUUAUUGUCUUUUCUUUCAAAUCACCCACCAAACAUUUGUUCUUUGUACUUUAUAUAUUAGCUCAGUAGUGUCUUUAUUCCUAUAUACAUUAACUGUUCUUGUUGACUAUAUAUAUACAUGUGUAAAGUUUUAAAACCCAUGUUAACUGGCCCUCUUGUUUAAAGGUGAUAAAUGAACAGAGGGAGAUGUGAUGGGUGUGAGUAGAAAAAUCCUUGUUAUACAGUAAAUGUUUGUGGUAUCCUGUUAAUUUCAAAUACUCAUUCCUUCUUACCCAGAUUUUAAUAUUUGCCAGAUAUAUAUAAUGAUAAUAUCAACUGCAGAUGGAACCAGCAACUCCCAGCUUUCGAUCAAUUCUUCGCCUCUCUACUUAUUGAGCGUUUCCCUUUAGCACGAACUCUAGAAGUGACCAUUAUCAUUUAAAUUUCAUUUAAACUGACUAGAGUGUGGAAAAGCUGAAUUUCUACAGUGUAAAUAAUAGUGGAAUUUGGAAUGUUAAAUCAUUCUCCCAAACACUGGCUAGGUAGUAGGACCACAACAUUCUCCCAAACACUGGCUAGGUAGUGGGACCACAACAUUCUCCUAAACACUGGCUAGGUAGUAGCACCACAACAUUCUCCUAAACACUGGCUAGGUAGUAGGACCACGACAUUCUCCCAAACACUGGCUAGGUUGUAGGACCACGACAUUCUCCCAAACAUUGGCUAGGUAGUAGGACCACAACAUUCUCCUAAACACUGGCUAGGUAGUAGGACCAUGACAUUCUCCCAAACAUCGGCUAGGUCGUAGGACCAUGACAUUCUCCUAAACACUGGCUAGGUCGUAGGACCACGACAUUCUCCCAAACAUCGGCUAGGUCGUAGGACCAUGACAUUCUCCUAAACACUGGCUAGGUCGUAGGACCAUGACAUUCUCCUAAACACUGGCUAGGUCGUAGGACCACGACAUUCUCCCAAACAUCGGCUAGGUCGUAGGACCAUGACAUUCUCCUAAACACUGGCUAGGUCGUAGGACCAUGACAUUCUCCUAAACACUGGCUAGGUCGUAGGACCACGACAUUCUCCCAAACAUCGGCUAGGUCGUAGGACCAUGACAUUCUCCUAAACACUGGCUAGGUCGUAGGACCAUGACAUUCUCCUAAAUACUGGCUAGGUCGUAGGACCACGACAUUCUCCCAAACAUCGGCUAGGUCGUAGGACCAUGACAUUCUCCUAAACACUGGCUAGGUCGUAGGACCAUGACAUUCUCCUAAACACUGGCUAGGUCGUAGGACCACGACAUUCUCCUAAACACUGGCUA